CAGUUUGUGCAGACAGCAGGUGGUCAAUUGAUCAAUGGUCAGUUUUUACAAGUUGGUCAACCUAUUCCAACCUCUCCAGGAACCUAUUUCCAGCAGAAUGGCCAGCUCGUCCAAGCAGCAUCCACUACAGAGGAGGCAUUGAAUACAUCUGUCGGUAGUGAAGUUGUCUCUAGUCCUACAUCACAGACCAUUACUACAGAUGAAAAUAACGUUGUUCUGAUGGUGCCUGGUUCAACCAAUACAACCACUGUAAACCGUAUUGCUAUACCAAACUGUGAUGAUAUUAUAGAUGAACCACUUUAUGUGAAUGCUAAGCAAUACCAUAGAAUAUUAAAGCGUAGAAUAGCUCGUGCUAAACUAGAGGCAGAGGGUAAAAUCUCAAGAUGUAGGAAGAAAUAUCUACACGAAUCUCGUCAUAAACAUGCUUUAAAACGAAUAAGAGGAAAUGGAGGAAGAUUUUUCUCA